AUGAGUACACCGUUUGCCAAAAGACCCACGCAAGAACAAUUACCUGAAACACCAAUAUCAAACUACGACCAUCAGUCUCAAAAUUACGUUAACAGUGCUUCCUCGCUCAGGUCAGCUAGUUCUCUAACUAAGGUGAGCUCAAACAGCUCUCGUGUGAGCAGGAAAAUCAUCAAACCUUUAGUGGCUACUGUUUUCUGGGAGGAAGAGAAAUCCGUGUGCUACCAAGUGAAAGCAAACGGGAUUGUUGUCUCUCGAAAAGGAAGUGAUGAUUUCGUAAACGGAACAAAAUUACUCAAUGUCACUGGAAUGUCUCGCGGUCGUCGCGAUGGAAUUCUUAAAGUGGAGAAGGGCAGAAGAGUUAUUCGAAACGGCUCUAUGAAUUUGAAAGGGGUUUGGAUUCCUUAUGAUCGGGCUUUGGAGAUCGCCAGAAAUGAAGGAAUCAAGGACCUUUUGUAUCCAUUGUUUGUGGAGGACAUUUAUAGCUUCUACAAGGAGAAGGGCCAGAAACUCCGCGAGGAGCUGGAUGAUGAUGAUCUGUGUUGUGAUCAAUAG